AGGUGGAAGUAAAACAAUCGCUUCAAUCACUCAUUCAAAUCAGAAUGGCUCGCUCUCUUUCAAACGCAAAGCUUCUUUCAGCUCUUGUCGAUGGCGUCUCAGUAUCAAUUUACAGACGAGGUUACGCUGUAGUAUCUCAGGGUGUUGUUCCAACGAACAUCGAAGGAAGUGGGUCGAGGAGCAGCGUGGUGAAAGCAGGGGAGGAGAUCAGGGGAACCAUGAAAGAAGCAUCGGAAACUAAAUUUGUGUCACCAGACCCAGUCUCUGGUUACUACCGUCCAGAGAAUGGUGCAGGCGAAAUCGACGUGUCUGCGCUUCGGGAGAUGCUGGUGAACAAGGCUAGGCAACACUAGAAUUA